AUGGUUACACAGUCUUGUGGGAGGUUGGAAGGAGCGCGGUUUGAAGAGUCUGGGGAGAGUAGGCACCAAGCAGUGAAAGCGCCUGGGAAACAUGAAGACCAUGUUGCACCUUUAGUUAAUGAUCCAUUGAUAUCCUUUUCUUCCAAUGAUGUCCUCAAAGGGAUUUCCUUUGAUACGCUGACUGAGCUGGAGAAAUGGGCUACAGAGACCCCCACACCAUUGCAGAAAGUGGUGGAAGCCUUCAACACCACGCGAUUUUCCGUGGAUUUGUUCAGCAGAGGAUCACACAGCUCAGAUGAUAAGGUGAAAUUACUUGUUUGUCAUGACUUUAAGGGAGGAUACCAAACAAAUGAGGAUCUGAGUCCUCAGGGCUAUUUUCCCCACCUCCAGAAUGGAAAUCGCUAUUUCUUGCAAUUCCCUGAACUAUGCGACUUGUUCGUCUACUUCUCGCAUCAUUGCAUAACCAUCCCUCCGCUAUGUUGGGUGGAUAUGUGCCAUCGAUUUGCGAUACCGUGUUACGGAACUGUAGCGUUUGAGGGGAAAGAAAAAAAGGGCUUUGGCCGGCUUGACCGCCUAAUGGCCCGUGACAAUCAUGGUGAAUUCGUAUUUGUCAAGGCAUUGGUCAAGCUGGUGAGAAUGUUCAAACUUGAUGGACUAUUGCUGAACUUUGAGGCGAAGUUCUCUGAUCCCAAGUUAGCGAAAGACUUGGUUCCGUGGCUUGCUAAGCUUCGAGGAGACAUGAGAUCAUGUAAUGGUGCCAAGGUGAUCUGGUAUGAUGCUUACGUGGGGUCAAAAAAUCAGGUCCAAUACGUUAAUGGUGUUAAUCACCUAAACUAUGAGUAUUUCGACCUAACUGAUGGAUUCCUGACCAACUACUGGUGGUCUGAAAACGAACUGGAGGCCAAUUUGUCGAAUGUCGGGAAGCUGGGGCUGAGCAAAACAUUCGUAGGGUACGAUGUUUGGGGACGAGGAUUAAUCCCUGGUCUUGGUAGAAAAGGCGGGUUUAAUACUGGCAAAGACAUAGCCAUCAUUAAGGAUAGUUCUGUGGGACUGUUUGCUCCUGCGUGGACGUAUGAGUUUCUGGGAUAUGAGAACUUCAAAGAGAAUGAUGCGGCUUUCUGGAAAGGCAUUUCAGAGACUGUCAAACCAGACAACGUUUCAGUGAGAGUCAUAGGAGAUGGAGGCUUCAUCUUCCACACUAAUUUCAACCAGGGUACUGGCUCAAGCUUCUAUGUUCUUGGAGAAAGGGUGUUUGAUGACUUUUGGGCUAACGGAGGGCUUCAAAAUCAAAUACCAGAGACGAUCCUAGAGGACCAGACCAACUCUGCCCUCAAAGUUGAGCUAGACGGGACAGAUUCCUUUACUGGAGGUAAUUGCUUGAAGGUGAGUCAUGAUGUGUUCGGAAAAGACAUCUUUUCUUCCAGAUCGUUUCCCACAAAACUACUCAAUUGGCGAACAGAUAUGCCCAAGACUUUGUUCUCAUUGAAUCAAAACUGUCAUUCGUCUAAUGUGAAGGUUUGCUGCACAUUCCAACCUUGUCAACCCGCGUCAAAAUCCUCCUUUCAGUUGCAACUGUGCUACCAAAUUCUGAGGAGGCAUAAAGUGUACAGUUCUGGAAAGCUGAUCUUCCCUCUUCAUGGCAUCUCUGGCGAAUGGGUGACCGUUGAAAAACAUUUCAUUUCACCUCGACGGUCUGAGAAGGAAACACUCAAACUAACAGUUCUGGAGAUAAGUCAUGUGGAUUCAGAUAUAUCCCCUCUUCCUUAUGUCGAAGAUACAUCCAAUGACAAAGACGAGUGGGUGGUGAUACCUACAGCUCAUCCAAGGAAAGUUGAGGAAGAUAUGGAGCUCAGUAUUUCAGAUGACGGUUUUGUCAAUGGUUCCAAUUUUGCCUUGGAAGAGAUUAAAAUUGGAGAAAUCUCAGUUGUGGCCACUCUCGAUAAUCAGGCAGCAUUACGCUGUUCAAAAGUGGCUGGUCUGAAACAUCUGAAAUUAAAGGAUAGUGUUAUUCUGUCUUGGACGCAUGAGUCCGGUUUCAAAGACGACCAUUGCGAUUUUUGGUGUGUUUAUGUGAAUGAUAUCUUCCAAGGAGCAACGACUGUUUCGCAAUUUGCAGUUGAUGCUGGUGAAUGGAAUCAAAGAAACAUAGUGGGUUCAGGAUCAGAAGCCGCAAAGCUGAAAGUAAGAAUUGACACUCUGUCUUUAACUGGCGAACUACAAAUCGGAGCCAACUACUAUUUCAAUUGCAAUGGCUAA